AUGAGUCAGAAGCUUCUUCCAAUAUCUCCACUUCGGCUGCUCCUGCUACAGUGCAUUCUCAUCGGUUUCACCGUUGCCUACCCCUAUCUGAUCUUUCCCGCCUCAUCAGCGUCUUCUGGUGACUCACGGCGUCUCGUGAAACGUGCGUUCGACCGAUUCGACAACUCAGGCGUCUUCUCGUUCGGCGCGAAACGAUUCGAUCGUUAUGACGAGGAGAAUCCGUACGGAUACAACUACAACACGCACAUCUACAAACGCUCGGCGGAUCCAAUGCGUUUCGUCUCAAUGCCCGCGAAGAAGGCGUUCGACCGAAUGGACGCCAGCGACUUCUUUGGUGCCAAGAGGAAACGCUCGUUCGAUCGAAUGGGCGGUACCGAGUUUGGGUUGAUGAAGAGAUCCGUUCCGGAGAAUAGAGAACAACUAAUCGACAGCCUCACCGACUCGAUCAUGGCCCUCCGAAAAGCUCGUGAAUCGGAAGGAAGUCAACCAGUCCUUGUCAAUUUCGAGGACUAA